GCGCCGCGGUGCGGCCGCGGACGAUUCGCGAGGGGGCAAGGAACGGUGGAAUUCCGUGUCGGUGGAUCGGAGUUGGGUCCUUUUUUUUUUUUGAGGUCGUUUGAACUGUAGAAAUCUUGGAUUCGCGUUGACGUCCGUGUGCGAGCGGGGGUUCCGAUUUCGCGGUGCGAGCGAGAAUGCCGUUCUGGAACGGCGAUUUUUCGCGCGGUUGGUGGCGAAAUUCGAUCGAUCCAGAUCUAGGAAUUGAUUGGAGUCGAAUUUUGCGUCUCUGUUGGGUUUUGGAGGUGGUUAUGUUUCGGUAGAGCUCGAAGAAGGACGGAGUCGGAAUUCUAGAGAAAAUGCUGGGAAAGGCUGCGCAGUCGUCUUUUCGGGAUCGGACGCAGGAGUUUCAGAGUAUAGCGGAGAGAUUAAAGAAGUCGGUUUCAAAUGGACCGGGACCGAAUGGGCCGAGCGGCAGCAGCAGUUCCAAGGCGGAAGAACCACGGUCGGGGGUUGCCCUUCAAUCCGAGUUCAAUCGGAGGGCUUCGAAAAUCGGGUUUGGGAUACAUCAGACGUCCCAGAAGCUUGCGAAGUUGGCGAAAUGUAAGGAUCCGAAUAGUUCAGAAAUAGCAGCUGUUUCAUCUGCAGUUAUCAUUACAUUGGCAAAGAGAACCUCGGUUUUUGAUGAUCCAACUAUGGAAAUUCAGGAACUUACUGCGGUCAUCAAGCAGGAUAUUACUGCUCUCAACUCUGCUGUGGUAGAUCUUCAGCUCCUUUGCAAUUCCCGAAAUGAGGGCGGUGUCUCCAGUGACACGACUAGUCAUUCAACUACGGUUGUAGAUGACCUGAAAAAUCGAUUGAUGAGUGCUACAAAAGAGUUCAAAGAAGUUCUAACCAUGCGAACCGAGAACUUGAAGGUACAUGAAAAUAGGAGACAGUUAUUCUCUUCCACUGCUUCAAAGGAAACCACCAAUCCUUUUGUUCGUCAACGUCCACUGGCUGCUAGAACAGCUGCUAAUGCCUCGGCAGCUCCGCCUCCCCCAUGGGCUAAUGGGUCGUUGCCGUCGUCAUCAUCAUCAUCAUCAUCAUCCCCGUUGUUCCCCAGAAAGCAGGGAGAUGGGGAGAGUCAGCCUUUGCUGCAGCAAAAUCAACAGCAACAACAGCAAUUGGUUCCUUUGCAAGACAGUUACAUGCAGAGCAGAGCUGAAGCCCUUCAAAAUGUAGAGUCUACCAUUCAUGAGUUGAGCAGUAUCUUUAAUCAGCUGGCGACCCUGGUUUCUCAGCAGGGAGAGAUUGCAAUCAGGAUUGACGAAAAUAUGGAUGACACGCUCGCAAAUGUAGAGGGUGCACAGGGGGCUUUGCUGAAGUACCUGAACAGCAUAUCAUCAAAUAGGUGGCUCAUGAUCAAAAUAUUUUUUGUAUUGAUCUUUUUCCUCAUGGUUUUCCUAUUUUUUGUGGCUUAGUCCGUUUAGAACAUGAAAACAAGAGGAGAUAAGCGACUUCUUUUACUAUGAUACACAUGUUCAUCCCUCCGAACCCCUAUCAGAUAUAUUCUCUUGCGAGGAGGUAGUAUCGGUGUUUCGUGCCCGGUUCUCUUUUGUCUUUCGAUGUAAUGAAAGCACAUAAUCGUAAGAGAUAUCCUUUUUGGCCGGUGGAUCAAUUGUACAAGAUGAUGGAAACCACAAAACUGAUGGAACGUUUAUAGUGUUACUGCUUUUCCAGGGUGUUUGAAUGCAGCGAGCUUGUACUUAAAA